AUGUCAGACGUCUCCCAUACCGACAUCCUGGAGAAACUCCAAGGAUUGGAGCAAGAUAGCGGCAAUUUAGACACGAACCUUGCGAUUGUUCGCAUCAGCGAGCCAAUCUUCUCCCCGGACAAUUCAGCACCUACCCCGUCGAAGCGAAACUCCGAUGUCUCUACGAUCGACAAUCCCACGCCUGCCUCGCUCGAGGCCGAUCUGACACACUACAAGGAACUGUUCUCGAAACUCCGAUUCUCCUACGUCGAACAAGUCACGAAAGAGAAAUUUCUACGAGCGAUCGUCGGUGAUCCGCCGCUCGUGGUCGGCCACAAUGAGAACGUCGAGUUAGAGGCGCACUCAGCGGAGGUGAAGGCCGAGUUGCGGGCACGCAAAGAAGAAGUGCGAGUGAUGAUUGAAGAAAUGGAGAAGACGGGUCGUGAUCUUUCAAGGCGCUACAAGAACGUUCAGCUUCAGAUGGCUCAACUCUCGACACUCCCUGAAUCCAUUGAAAAUCUCGAAUCCACGAUUGCGGGUCUGCGCGCCAAGCAGGUUGCUAAUAUGGAUCUAUCGUCGUCGCAGAACCUUCCACUUCCCGCAACGUUGAAUCUUCUGUCAGAGAAAGAGGCAGAACUAGCAGCACUUGAUCGGCAACUUGCCGCGGUACAGAACACUCUGCCCCGGAAAACGAGGGAGGUUGAAACUAUAGAACGAGAGCUCACGGUGCUUGAGAAAAGGAAAUCAGAAGCCGUGGUCCAGGCGCGGGAAGCUAAGAGAAAGAAGCAGGAGGGUGAAAGCGACGGGCUGGAGGAAAUGGGACGAUGGUACAGAAGUGCCGAAGAGGUGCUCAAGGGACUAGUGCGUGUUGGGGAAUAA